AUGGCAGAAGCAGUGAGUCGCGAUCAGCGGCUGUGCCAUGUGCCCGGCCCCGCUUCGUGGGCUCGCUCAUCUUGGUUUGGCUGAAGAUAUCUGACGUUGACGUCGACCGUUAUUGCCUUCUUCGAUCCUCGGGUCGGGGUUCAUUAUCCUACUUGAUCACCCGAUCUCAGUUCCCUUUCAAGGCAGUCGCUCUCUCAAAGUACAAGUCAGCGCCCGGCGCGCCCAAGCUGGCUUUCCUGCAGGGCGACGAGUUGACUGUGCUGAACCGCGAUGAUGACUGGUAUGAGGGAACAACCAUCUCGGGCCAAACGGGCUACUUCCCCGUCGAAGCUGUCCGGCAAUUGGAAGAUGACACCCCAGCUCCGUCCGGCGAGAUUGCAUCGCCAGCCCUCGCGACACGUGUUGAAAGCGUUGCGUCACCGCUGCCCAGCUCGUCCGAUCCACCAGGCCCCACCACGCUGUCGCUGACCCCACCGACGACCCACCGUUCGGCUCAGCGCCCCGAGCCCAAGAUCACGGUACCGAAUGUUGUGGAUCUUUUUUCCGAGGAGCAACCCAAGCCGACGUCCCUCAAAGACCGGAUCGCGGCUCUUAACGCGGCCGGGGCUGGGGCCGUGGCCCCACCUCCCGUCCGUCCCAAGCCGCGCGAAUUGAAGCGCUCCACUGCACCCGUCCCCCUCGCAGACGGUGUCAGACCGGAAUCCCCCACGACAGGCUCGCCAGCUCUGUCGCCUGUCACCUCAGCCACGGACUCGAGCAUAAAGUCUUCCGUUGGCUUGUCAGCCGAAGACGCCGCGGAGGCAAUCGGGAAAGGAGGGGGUAGCCUCAAGGACCGUAUCAAGGCACUGCAAGGAAUCCAGAUGUCCACCCCUGCAGCUCCUGGACGUGCUCCUAAGCCGCGGAAGAAGACUAGUGUCGACACUGCCGCAGGCUCAGAGCUAGAGCGAGCUGCAGAUUCGCCAGCGCUUGCUCUCCAAUAUUCUGAGUCCGAUGAGGCGCAAAGGGCCGCUGUGAGGGAACCAAAAUCGAUGGAGCCAUCUGAAGUCGUUCGGGCUCCUGUUGAUGCGGGAACAGGAUCCUGUGCGAACUCCGUCGCGGACCCCGAUGCCCACGCGGGGCCUCGAACACUUCCGCCGGAGAACGAGCAGCACGAGCACCGUGUAUCGACCAAAGCAAAGCUCGAACGCUCUUCAAGUGAUGUAGACGCCCCUCAAAGACCUCCAGUGGCCGAACGAGCAGCGGGCAUUGGUGACCAGCAAUUGUCGAUGGCAAUGCCAGCUCUCCCGAAACGAGCGGUCCCACCCAGGAGGAAACCACCGGUGGUGAAGCCGGCACCGGAUGAUGGUGUAAGCGACGUCGUAGUCGAGGCAUCCUCCGCAGGACCAGUCGCUACCAUUUCACGCGGGGAGACUUUGAAGAUACCAGCCCCGUCGCUUCUGGCGGGUGACAAGCAGUCGGAUGGGCAAGAUGACAGUUACAUGCCAGAGACUGACCCUAACACUGUCGCCUCUGGACACGAUAUCUUGUCUGAGAAUGCGGCCGAGGAAUCCAGUAAUGGCACCAACUCGGAUACACCUGCCGUCCCUCCCAAUACGGUCCACGUCGCAUCAGAUUCGCCUGCUGUGAGUUCGUUUAGAAACCGAAUGAGUCCGGACCUCUCCCUAUCGGCCAGCAGAAUCUGGUCCCUGCUCAACACAGAAUUUGCGCCGCGCCCACAGGAAAAACAUACUCCGCUGCCGGGGUCGGGACUUGCGUUGACCCAAGGGCCGUUUGAUACCAAUGUAUUCACCUCUCCACCAUCUCGUCAGGACGAUCCUUUCACCAGAGACCUUUCCAGUCCUCUCUCCAUCGCAGCAACUUCAGCGCCGACAAACGACGACGAGCAGAAACUCACAAGCCCGCAGCGACCUGCGAUCCCUCAACCAUUCAUAGUGGAUCGCAUCGAGCACCAAGAGGAUAAUACUGUGGAUGGAGACAACCAUAGCUUUACCAAGGUAUCCAAUCUCGAAGCCGCGAUUCAGCCCAGCACUCAACAGCUCGGCUCGGAUGAGGUGGGACUUGAGGAUGAAGCUGAAGAAGUCGAGGCCGAGGUACGGAACCAUUUAUUGCAAGAUGUCCCGGAUCAAAGAGUCCUCCAAGAGACACAAGACCCUCGAGGCUUCCACGGAGGGGCUGGUGCACAUGAUAAGGAGCCUGGGUGUGCGAAGGCGGAGGAGGGGGAGGACAAUGACGACGAUGAAGAGGACCCAGAACUCGCUCGUCGAGCUGCUCUGGCGGCACGAAUGGCCCGCCUGGGAGGGAUCAGCAUGCGCAUGCCUGGAGGUGCCAUGAUGCCGCCUAUUGGUGGUAUCCGAUCAUACAAGAAACCGGUCAAGGCCAUGACCAAGGACGAUUCAAACUCCGGGCAGCAACUUUCAACGGGUGAGAGACACUGCUUGCCGAACCUUCGCCACUCGACGACCUUGCUAACGCAUCCUAUCCGCAGAUGACGACGACGUAUCAUGCAACCAGUCGGCCGCAGAGCAAAGUUUUGUCCCCUCGCCUUUCCUUGGGAUUCCUAGAGGAGGGGUCGCCAUCCCUGGACUUGGCGUGAGGCCAGCGCCGCCUCCGGUCGACUCUGAAGAUACUUCUGCCGCGACACCCACGGAUGAGGUUGGAGGUUCUCAAGCAUUCAAGGGGUUACAAGCAUCGGAAGAACUGUCUAUGCGGCAGAACUUCGAACAGCUCGACGAUAACCCGCGUGGAGAGGAGACCUGUAGCGACACCGGCGCAAUCAGUCUACGCGAACGCGAGGAGGCAGUGCCGGACCCGUCCGUUCACGCUGUCUCUGACCCUCCCCCCAGACCUCGAGGCGGCCUACCCUCCGUACCAGCUCAGCCGAUCUCCAGCCUCGAGGAUAUCAGUGAGCUAGCGGUUCCUUCGUCCCCACAAGUCGAAGCAGAGACUCAGAUGUCAAGCCAUCGAGACAGCGUUACCUCGCUCAAUCGAAUUGCUACACGUUCGAGCUUGGAUUCAAGGCCAGCAGGGACAGCUGAUUCACUCCGUCGAGGCUCCAUCGAGUCUUCCCGUGACGUUCGAUCCCCCUCGUCGGCUCAGCUCUCGUGGCCCGCCGUUCCACGCAGCGACCUCGAAGAAUUCUCCAUCACUCUCGGCGCCCAGGUUUUUGCUGCGGCCCACUUGAAGCUGAGCGAGAAGGGGGUCAAGUUCUCAAACGACGAUGAGCUCAUUCGAUUUUGCCUCCAUCGGGUGAAAGAUAUGCAAUGGCCUGGUAAUGGAUCGUAUGGAGUGACCGUAUGGGGGAUCGCUAUUUUGGGCAAAGGCCUGAACGAUCCGCGUAUAGCGAAUCUGGACGAACCACGAGCGGGUGAUAGUCAGUUACUACGACCCAGGAAUGACAGCCAAGAAAGGAUACUAAUAUGUUUCCUUUUCGCUCUAUUAUAGUUGUCAUCAUGACGGACUGCAAAUUUAGGGCGACCCUCUCGUCAACGCGCGUUGGAGCAGACGGGCAGCCGAAGCAGAGCGUGUGUCAAGCUUGGGACGCUAAGAAGCGCAAGCUCAGGACGAUUGAAGUCGGGAAAAAUGGUGGUGUCGAGGAAAACAGCUACAAGGUCGACGACCUCAAGGAAGGGCGCGUAGAGAUCCAGAGAAUAGUUGGGGCAAAGCCAGGAGAGUAA